AUGUACAAUAUUGAAAAACCACAGAAAGCAAUACAAGAUAGAUGUAAGUACGUAUCUAAUGAAAAAUCAAAGCUGAGAUGCUCUCAGUUUACUGAAGAUGACCGAAAAUCAGUAUUUAAGCAAUUUUGGAAGAUGUCUUGGAGUGAAAAGCAGGUGUUCAUAACAACGCAAGUUGAAAGUAAACACACAGAAAGAAGCAGAAACAGGAGAAAGGAGGAAACCAGCAGAAGAACGUGCAUCUACAUUUUCUCUCUGAAGAAAGCAGAUCGGACCAAAAUAAGAGUAUGCAAAACUUUAUUCGCCAAUACAUUAGCUAUUAAACAGUGGACCAUUAAUAACCGGUUGAAGCAAAAUCUCAACAUAUCCCAGCAAGAAAAAAAGAAAAAAGAAGAUCAAACUGACAUUGAAAAUAACCAAACGGAAAUUAAUAAAAAAAAAAGCAGAGAACUAAGAAGAAAUCGUUUAAAAGAAUUUUUUUGA